CGGAAGUGUGACGAGCUCGCAAGCUUUCCAGCAGCAUGCAAAAUGGUGGCCACCAGGAGAGGAGUACGCGUGUCGUCUCCAACUAAAACAAACUCCGACCAGUCUUCUGAUGUCCCGGCCAGUCCAUCUGCUGUUCGGAGAACCAGAAACACUGCUAGACAAGCAGAGAGCCCCACCCGGCAUGCCCCGGUGGAGACCAGCAGCAAGCAGGACAAAGUCGAGGGACAACUUUCACCUAAUCUGCUGCUCAAAAGAUGCACCAGAGCUUCCAGACUCCACAGUCCAGAGCAGUCAUGCACACCGCUGGGCUCCAUCCACGAAGCGGGAACAUCAGACGUAGACUCCUGCUGCUCUGCGUUGAACGACACAGAACGACCAAGGACGCAAACCAGGGUGAGGAGGCGACAGCUCUGCGGAGUGGGUCAGAAAGAUGAGGACACAUCUGAUGUGGAAUCAUGCUCUUCUCUAACUGGCUACGGUAACCGUCGGAGCACGAGGAAGAAGACGAUUGUCAAAAGCUCCGAGCCAGCUGUUGUCGAGCUGGGAGACGUCACGGUCGACUUGGUGUCCGAACUCCGGAGUGUCACCAAAAGUGAGAGAAUGACGACGUGCUCCAGAUCAUCUGCCAAACGGCAAACUGAAGACUCGGAGCUCUCGGAUGCCGACAGCUGCGUAUCCGACCUCUCGGGAGCAGACGCUUCAAAGUCCACAGUUCGCAGAUCUACGAGAACCAGAAGGCAAACUGGUCCGAUCCCCAUCUACCUAGACGAAACCUCGGAUGGCUCCCAAUCCCCUGCCCGAAGAGCUCGACUGAGCCGGGCAGCUAAAACGAGUGCAGCAGCAGCUAUUGGUGACGUCAGUGAGUCUUGUGACUCUGACGGGUUUAAGUCCGGGCCCACGUACAGUAUGACGAUCCGUAGACGAGAGAAGGCCCAAUCAACCGGGCCCAAAGCCGUGGACUCGGACGCUGAGCCGACCGCCGCGCAUUCCCCGAUGGGCACCCCCCGCAAGACGCAAAGCAAAGGGUCUCCCUGCAGAAGCGACAAAGGCUCCGAUAGUGGCAGUCAGAGUGCUCGGUCCACCAAGGGCGUACUCAAAGAGUGUAGCGUUGUUAUUGAAAAGGCUGAGGACACGACAGUCAAUGAUUCUUGCUUAGAAAGUACAAUGAUCCUCGCGGACGCAGACUGCACUCUGUUGGCAGACGACGGGAACCAAACGUUGGAAGAAAAAGAGGAAGACGGCGUGAAUACUACGGAUCUCCCUCCAAAUGCAGGGAGUGUAGAGAAGACAGUUCUUGUCAUUUCAGAAGAGCACGACGACUCCCCCAAGUCUCUCAGGAUAUCCGACAGUCCUGCAGAGGAAGCUGUUUUUGCACCCGCAGUGACUGACAGGCGCCAGCAGGAGGAGCCGUGUGCUGAGAAUAUGGACCGCGGCGGCUCGGAGGAGAUGACGAUGAUGCAGGAAACGAUCCGGCCAUCGGAGCCGAUGAGGCCUCUCCAAGCAGUUGCAGUAACAUUAUGUGAAAGUGCUUCUGAAAUCACAGGGGAGACUGAGAAGAAGGAUGAAGCUGUGGAAGUCGCUGACGUGGACGCCAACGCAGCACAGGGAGACGAGGAUGCUGCUGUGGAAACGGGGCCGUGUGGGGAGGAGAGGAUGGAAGUCGGCACAUUGAACAUCGAUGCCCAGCAGGUGGUCGACUCUAAUGAGGUCCAAGUUGAGUCCGUUCUGGUGACGUCAAGCCAGCAGCAGCAUAUCACGGUGCAUUCUGACCCCGAACAGCAGCCUAAAGACGUCAUCGUCCAGAAUACAAAAAUAAUCAGCCUGCUGGACAGCAGCGACGAGGAAGAUGAGGUCAGGGGAGCUUCUGGAGAGGAGUCCGACAGCGAUGUGGAGUUCCUGUCGGAGGAGAUAGCGGGACCGUCGCAGAAGUGUGACGCAGCAGCGACGGGCGUUGGCGGACUGUUUAUGAUUGACACGCGGCCCGGACUGGAGGCUGAUGAACAUUACUACAAGGAGAAGCCAACAGAGGAGGAGGAGGACGCCGCAAAGGGAGAGACGGCGGCGCAGGAGGACCCAGAUGAGUUUGUUGAUGAGGACGGGGACAGCGAUGAUGAUGAUGAUGCAGAACUCCUUUUCUAUAGUAGAAAUCCUCAGUUGAAAGACGCGUCCAGCCGCAUUGAUCCCGGCAUCAGGCUGAAGGAGUUCGGCGGCUUGUACAUCAAUUUUGAUGGCAGCAAAUCAAAACCUGUCUCCGGUUCACUGCGGGAGCGAAAGGAAAAGAAGAUCCAAGAUGAGGUGAUGAAGAAGAGUGUGAUGGGAGCAGACUUCGAGAAGAAGGACGCAGUGCCUCCGUACAGUGAAUCCAAACGAGCCGCAAAGUUGAAACGCAGAACGGAGAGGGCGAAAUCCUCAGGAGAUGGUUGGUUUAAUAUGAAAGCCCCCGAGAUCACACAGGAGCUGAAAGGGGACCUCCAAGUCCUGAAGAUGAGAGGCUCCAUGGAUCCCAAGAGGUUCUACAAGAAGAAUGACAGAGAUGGCUUCCCCAAAUAUUUCCAGGUCGGCACGGUGAUGGACAACCCCGUCGACUUCUAUCACUCCCGCGUUCCCAAGAAGGCUCGGAAGAGGACGAUGGUGGAGGAGCUGCUGUCUGAUGCCGAGUUCAGACGCAACAACAAAAGGAAGUACCAGCACAUUGUGACGGAAAAAGCGGCACAAGGAGCCGGCAAGAGGAACAAGAAGACUAUUAAAUUCCAGAAGACGAGUAAAUUCCAGAAGAAGUAAAUCUGAAGACUUGAUGUGAUGAACACUGAGUGACUGAGUUCAUAAAUAUUGAUAUACUGAUAUUACCAGCAGGUGGGUCAGUGUUGAUAAAUAUAAUCGGUGUUUGUACACACAGUUGUCUACAUGCUUAUAUUUACAACUGAAAAAUGUUUUUAAUCAAACAAAACUCAUUUUGCUGCACAGUAAUCAUAGUCUUCUAAAUAUGUGCAUCAUAUGAACAAUAACAUAUAAUUCUUUUGACGACUGGCACCAGUGUGUUCAACUAUCCCCCCCCCCCCAAAAAAAGAAUGCUUGUUGCAUGUCUUAUUACAAAUUCACAAUCAUUGAUGAGCAGAACAGACUGUUGCGUGGUGAUUUAAAUAAAUAUAUAUUGAGGUUGUAACCCUUCAAAAUAAUAUGUAGUUCAUUUUGUUAGUUUUUUGUCCUUGAAAUACAGAAUUACUAAAGCAAGGCUUAAAAGCAUGAUAUGAAAACCGGACAUAAUUUGGCCGAAGUUAUGGUCUCACAAAGAGGAACUGAGCUGAGUGCACAUUAAGAUGCCAGAUGGACUAUCACAACCAUUUCAAUAUCUAAAAAUGCAGCACUACUGCGAAUAACUCGAUUGAUCUAACUUACAAUGUAAGUCAUAUUUAAAAUGUAAUAUUUUCAUAUGGGCUUGUUAUAAACAAACUUAUAGAUUCAUAGUGAAUAAGUCAAAAGCAUGUAGUUCUACCAUUGUUUAGAUCCUUGCUGCACGAUAACUUGAUGCACUGCUUCAAAGAAAGCCCCAAACUAUGAUUAUUCACUGGUGCUCACUCCCUGAAAUAGAUUUUCUAUAUUCAGUAUCCUUUAGAUUUUAAUACUCUGCGGGUUUACAUACAGGUGGUAAACGGCACUUAAGAAUGCUGCAUCUUCAUUAGCACUGAUAAAAGAUGAUGGUGACACGUUCAUUAUGAAGAGCACAUACAAACACUAUCAAUAUUCAAGACAUGUUCACUAUAAAUCUCAAUUUAUGAUGAGGCCACAUG